GAGUCUACUAGCUGAAAAACAGCAUGAGUUACUUUUGCUUUCAGCUUCAGUUUUAUCACCAUUGUACUGGAAGAGAAGACAGACCUGCUCACUCUUUUUUAGCCUUGGUGAAGGAGGGACCGAGAGGUGGAAGGAGCUAGCGAGCAAGGUGUGAGAGGCACUGAGAACCGUUCUGGUACCCGUGUGUGGAGCAGUUGCAAAAAAUCUGACCCUUCUCAGCUAAGCACUUUGGACUAAAUCGCUUAAGAUUCAAGACAUCUUCCUGAAACAGAAGAAGAGUGGCAAGUGGAAGAAGGAGCAGCUGUGUGGCAAGGAAGCUCUUCUAGGUUGGCCAGUUGCCAUGGCAUCUGGACCCAACAUGAUGGACCCCAUUUGUCUGCUGGAAAAUGAUGAUGAGCUGCUGUCAGUGAACCAAGAAGCUCUGCAGAUUCUUGGUGAGAUUUCUCAGCCAGUGGUGGUGGUGGCCAUCGUAGGACUGUAUCGUACGGGCAAAUCCUACUUGAUGAACCGUCUUGCAGGUCAGAACCGUGGCUUUCCUCUAGGCUCUACAGUGCAGUCUGAAACCAAGGGCAUCUGGAUGUGGUGUGUGCCUCACCCCUGCAAGCCAAAUCAUACCCUGGUCCUUCUGGACACCGAGGGCCUGGGGGAUGUGGAAAAGGGUGACCCUAAGAACGACUCAUGGAUCUUUGCCCUGGCCGUGCUUCUGUGCAGCAGCUUUGUCUACAACAACAUGAACACCAUCAACCAUCAGUCUCUGGAGCAGCUGCAUUAUGUGACAGAGCUCACAGAACUCAUCAGGGCAAAGUCCUCCCAAACACCUGCUGGAGUAGAAGAUUCCACAGAAUUUGUGAGUUUCUUUCCAGACUUUAUCUGGACUGUACGGGAUUUCACCCUGGAGCUGAAGUUAAAUGGUCAGCCUGUCACGGAAGAUGAGUACUUGGAGAAUGCCCUGAAGCUGAUUCCAGGGAAGAAUCCCAAAGCCCAAGCAUCCAAUCUACCCAGAGAGCGCAUCAGGCAAUUCUUUCCAAGACGGAAGUGUUUUGUCUUUGACCGGCCGACAAAUGACAAAGAACUUCUAGCCAAUAUUGAGACGGUACCUGAAGACCAACUGGAUCCUAAAUUCCAAGAGCAGACAAACAAUUUCUGUUCUUACAUCUUCGCCAAUGCAAGGACCAAGACCCUCACAGAAGGAAUCAUGGUCACUGGGAAACGGUUGAGGACUCUGGUUGUGACCUACGUGGAUACCAUCAAUAGCGGAGCAGUACCUUGUUUGGAGAACGCAGUGACAACUCUGGCCCAGCUGGAGAACUCAGCUGCCAUGCAGAAGGCAGCUGACCACUACAGUGAGCAGAUGGCCCAGCGAGUGAGCUUCCCCACAGACACGCUGCGGGAGUUGCUGGAGGUGCACGCUGCCUGCGAGAGGGAAGCCACUGCAGUCUUCAUGGAGCACUCCUUCAAGGAUGACAAGCAGGAGUUUCAGAAGAAUCUUGUGGAAAUCAUAAAGAAUAAGAAAGAGGAUUUCUUGAUGCAGAAUGAAGAGGCAUCUCUCAAAUACUGCCAGACUAAACUUGAUCAGCUUUCAAAGGCACUAAUGGAAAGUAUCUCAGCAGGAACUUUCUCUGUUCCUGGAGGUCAUGGACUCUACAGGAAAGCAAAGGAAAUUCUUGAAAGGGAAUAUCAUCAAGUGCCCGGGAAAGGAGUGAAGGCGAACGAGGUCCUCCAGAGCUUUCUGCAGUCCCAGGUGGCAAUAGAGAAAUCCAUCCUGCAGGCAGAUAAAGCCCUCACUGAUGGGGAGAAGGCCAUAGCAGAGGAGCGGGCCAGGAAGGACGCAGCUGAGAAGGCACAGGAGCUGCUGAAACAGAAACUGCAGGAGCAGCAGCAGGAGAUGGAGGCUCAGAACAGGAGUCUCCAGGAACACAUAGUCCAGCUGACGGAGAAGCUGGCGAGGGAAAGAGAAAACCUGCUGAGACAGCAGAACAUGAUGCUGGAGCAUAAGCUGAAGGUCCAAGACUCUCUACUUAGUGAAGGAUUUAUAAAGAAAUCUGAGGAGAUGAAUGCAGAGAUAAACCAUUUGAAAAAUAUGAUUGAUAAAAGUAAAAAUGAUGAUGUUUCCUGGAUUGCAGUGGCCUUGAACAAAUUUGGCAGUGAGAUCUCUUCAUUGUUGUCUGUCCCAGCUAACCUUGUUGGUCGCAUCGUGCGAGGAGUGAGCUCACUAUUUAAAAAGAAGUAGCUCUCCUGGUGAAGAAAUUAGAUACAUAAUAUACUAUAUAUGUGUAUGCUCUGGGCUGUGUCUGGUGUGUGUGCUUUUCACUUUCAUUCAGCAAAGCUUUAAAUAUAACAAGUGGCUUCUGGAGAAUUUUGAUGCCUGGCCCACAUUGAAUAGAAUAAAUGCAUGGACACUUUGAUAUAGCGUGCUCACUUUUAGGAAAUGUAUAUGUGUGCAAAAUCGUAUAUAUGUGUAUGUACAUACAUACAAGAGGUUCACUGAGGCUUUGCUUUUAAUGGCAGAAGGUUGGAAACCACUUAACGCUCAUUUGUCUAAAUCGGCAGUGUGUGUUUUGAUGCACACACACUGGAACACCGUGUUGCUCGUGAGUAGACAGUGGGGCUCUGUCUGUGUAAAUAUAGAACCAUCUGGAAGCUAUGUUGUCAAGUGAAAAAGUGAGUCACAAAACAGUUUGUAUAAUGUGUUCACCAUAAAAAGGCAAUUAUUAUGGGCACUCAUACACAUGUAUAUGUAGCACAUUUCCGGAAGCGUCAUUGGAAAUUGGCGUCCUUGGUUCUCUCUGGGGAGAACAGCUUGGCAUCAGGGGCGGAAAGGACAUGUGCUUUUUAUUAUAUUCUCUAUCUUUUCCAUUUUGUAAAGAAAGCUUGUGUUAUCAUUUCUUGAAUAACAAAGAAAAGUAUAAUACUAGUAAUUAAAAUAAUAAAUGAAUAUGAAUAAA